UUCAAAUAUACAGGGUGGGCCAUUUAUAUGGAUACACCUUAAUAAAAUGGGAAUGGUUGGUGAUAUUAACUUCCUGUUUGUGGCACAUUAGUAUAUGUGAGGGGGGAAACUUUUCAAGAUGGGUGGUGACCAUGGUGGCCAUUUUGAAGUCGGCCAUUUUGGAUCCAACUUUUGUUUUUUCAAUAGGAAGAGGGUCAUGUGACACAUCAAACUUAUUGGGAAUUUCACAAGAAAAACAAUGGUGUGCUUGGUUUUAACGUAACUUUAUUCUUUCAUGAGUUAUUUACAAGUUUCUCUUUGUGUACAGCCAUUGACAUGUCGCAGAGGUUAACACGUGAGGAGCAGAUAGAAAUUGUGUUGAUGUCUGGUGAAAGUAGUAACCAGGUCAUUGCAGCAGAUUUCAAUGCAAGACACCCUACGAGACCACCCAUCUCCCAUGCUACAGUUAGCAAACUGCUUGCUAAGUUUCGUGAAACUGGUUCAGUGUUGGAUUUGCCAAAAUCUGGACGCAUGAAAACUGUCACUAAUGAAGAAACAUCAGUGGCUGUCCUAGCUUCAUUCAGCAAGAGCCCACAGCGUAGCACUCGCCGCAUGUCACUGGAGAGUGGCAUUAGUCGAACAUCCCUUCGGCGGAUAUUAGCUACUCACAAAUGGCACCCUUACAAACUCCAGCUAUUGCAGCAUCUCAACGAGGAUGACCCAGAUCGGCGCACUGAAUUUGCAGAAUGGGCAAAACAAAAAUUGGAACAGGACCCUCAGUUUUCGCAGAAGAUUUUGUUCAGUGAUGAGGCAAACUUUUAUGUGAAUGGUGACGUUAACAAACAAAACCACCGCUAUUGGUCUGACACUAACCCACAUUGGAUAGAUCCCUCCAAGACUGUUGGAACAAAAAAAUUGAUGGUAUGGUGUGGUAUAUGGGGUACAAAGAUAGUGGGGCCAUUCUUCAUCAAUGGAAACCUCAAGGCCACUGGAUAAGCGAAAUUGCUACAUGAUGAUGUGUUUCCCUCUUUAUGCACUGAAGCUGGCACGUUCCCUGAGUUUUUCCAGCAAGAUGGUGCACCACCACAUUAUGGGUGUCAGGUCUGAGCAUUCCUAGAUGAACAGUUUCCUGGAAAGUGGAUUGGUCGUCUUGGGCCAGUUGAAUGGCCCCCAAGGUCUCCCGAUCUGAUCCCCUUAGACUUUUAUCUUUGGGGUCAUCUGAAGGCAAUUGUCUAUGCUGUGAAGAUACGAGAUGUGCAGCACCUGAAACUACGGAUACUGGAAGCCUGUUCUAGCAUUUCUCCUGCGGUGUUGCUAUCAGUGUGUGAAGAGUGGGAGAAGAGGGUUGCAUUGACAAUCCAACACAAUGGGCAGCACAUUGAACACAUUUUAUAAGUGGUCAGAAACUUGUAAAUAACUCAUGAAAGAAUAAAGUUACGUUAAAACCAA